AUGCCUUUUCUUCCUAUCCAAAGGGGUGAUCACCCCGAUGCAGCUCCUGAGGCUGCAGCCAACCCACCCACCUUGGAUGAUAUCGCAAAACAGCUCAACUUUGUGGAAAAUAUUGCGAAUUGUCGACUCAACCCCACUGGCCACUGGAGUAGUGACCCUCUCACCACUAUACUGAAAGUGCUCGCCGAACAAGACCCCGGUGCACUCAUCCCUCCGCAGGUACGACAACAGUUGCAAGACAUGGUCAGGCCUGAGGCGGGGGCGAAUCCCAACACCCUCAACGAAAUCAACCGACAGCUGGCCACCAUCAUUCGGGCUCAACAGGAGGCCACACAGGAGGCCACACGGCGCAUGGACGACCUUCAAGAUGGCGUCCUUGGACUACUGAGGCUUUUCACACCCGCUAGCGAUCUGCUGGCAAGGCUUGAAGAACGCAUGCUGGCUCGUCCUCAAGUUUCCCCACGACCACCCCGCCAACAGCGUAACCAUCCUUACAACAUGCGAAACCGGCGAUAG